AUGAUCACGUGCAUGCAGGGGAUGCUGUCUCUGUCGGUUCUGGUGACCUUUGCCGCCUGCAACGCGCCUCCGGUACCGUUAGACGACAUUUUAAUUGAGAAAACUUCCGUGCCGGAGCAGUGCGUGCGCGCAGUCAAAGUGGGGGACUUUGUCAGAUAUCACUACAUCGGCACGUUUCCGGACGGCACGAAGUUCGACUCCAGGUGA